UUGUUAAGUGAUCUGUAUAAACUGGUCUGUUCAAGAAUAAUUGCUCAUAUCUCUGCUUCGGUGAGCAUCAGAUUCACAUCCUAUGAGACACAAACAUGUCAACGAACAGGAAACAUGUUGCUGAAUUUCUGGAAAAUGUGUCAACUGAUUGUGCCCAGUUAACCCCAGAAGAGAGUUACUUUUCUUAUAAGGGGGUUUUGUAUCCUAUUUCUGUUUACAGCCAAGAAACUUUCCAAGCUCUUGAGACCUUUGAAGCCAGGAAAGAUGAUGUGAUCUUGGCAGGAUAUCCUAAAACGGGCACUAACUGGCUUGAUCACAUUCUAAACAGCUUGGAAAGUACAGCUGCAAAAUAUACGGAUGAGCAAAUGAAAAAGAGAAUUGCUCUUGAAAAGGAACUGGAGAUGACUCCACGUCUUGAGGGUGGGGAUCCAGACAAAUUUAAGAGGAUGGAGAAAUUACCUUCCCAAAGGGUCAUAAUCACUCAUCUUUCUCCUCAUUCACUACCCAAGUCUAUUUUCAGAAAUAAAGCCAAGGUACUGGUGCUGAUUCGGAAUCCAAAAGACACAAUGGUGUCUUAUUUUCAUUUCACCAAUAACAUGUUUUGCUUUCCUAAUUACAAAUGGGAUGAAUUUUUCUCUGAUUUUAUGAAUGGGAAAGUGGGUUAUGGAUCCUAUUUUGACCAUCUAGUUCAAUGGGACAAUUAUAUGGAAGAUGAAAACGUUAUGGUCAUAAGCUAUGAAGAACUGAAGGAGAAUCUGAAUUUGGGAUUGAAAAAAAUAGCCAAAUUCUUUGGGUUUUCCCUGACGGAAGAAGAGAUUCAAAGUGUUGCAGAAAAGAGCAGCUUUAAAGCUAUGAAAGAGAAAGGCUCAGAAACCCAUGGAGUACAUGGAGAUGUUUUCUUCCGCAAAGGAAUUGUUGGCGACUGGAAAAGUCUCCUCUCAGAAUCACAGAGCCAAGAAAUGGAUAGAAGAUUUGAAGAAAGUGUUGCAGGAACAAAAAUAGGAGCAAAGCUCAAGUAUGAGGUUUACUGCAAAGUCUGAGGAUACUGACAACUCCUUUUGAAGGGUUGCCUAUCUCCUGAACUGUAUCCUGAAAAAGAAUUUGCUCUGUCUCUUUUUGUGCACCAGUUAAAAUAUGGUUAUUCAGCCUUGUUGUUCCCUGUUAUAAAUGCAAUAUAACCA